AUGGUGGCGACUUCCGGAGGUGGUGGCGGUAGCAGUGGUGGCGGCGCCGGGAUGCAAGCGGGGCAUCAUCACCACGUCUUCAAUCCGCAGCUCUUCGGGAACAUGUUCCUCGGCGACGGCGGGUUUAAGCCGGUUUUCAAAUCUAAUCGCCAACCGUCGACCACGGCUAAUACGGCGACGUCUUUGUUUACGAUUGAUAGUAUUUUGGCUCCGACGCGGCCGAAACUCGCGGUUAAUCAACAUCAUCAGCAGCAGCAACAACAACAACAGCAUCAGCGGGUGAUGCAUCCGCCGACUUUGCAUUUGGGACAUAUUGCUGCGGCGGCGAGUGGGUUCGGAGCGGCUAGUGCUGACUUCUUAGCGAUGGCUUACCCAGGUUUAUACCCAGGUUAUGUUCACGCACUGGCAGCAGCAUCGCAAGCAGCAUCAAUGUCGCUAGGUGGCGCUGGCGGCGGUCUGGGAGGUGUGCAUCCACAACAUCAGCCGCCGAAGCGAAAGCGUCGUCAUCGCACGAUCUUUAGCGAAGAGCAACUCGAACAACUCGAAGCCACCUUUGAACAAACACACUAUCCUGAUGUAGUGCUGCGUGAACAGCUCGCGCUCAAGGUGGAUCUCAAAGAGGAACGCGUCGAGGUGUGGUUUAAAAAUAGAAGAGCAAAGUGGCGUAAACAGAAACGUGAGGAACAAGAGCGCAUGCGCAAGAUGGCCGACGAAGACGUAUGCCGCGCUGGUGGCGCCACUGGCGAUCAUCAACUUAAUCUUAGUGUUGGCAGCGGUGGACACUCACUACAACCACCGCCAACGUCGAGUUUCAGCGAGGAUGAUUCCUCUGACCUUGAAGUAGCCUAAAUACUAUUGUCAAACAAAUUCUGAUUUCUAGUCAUCUGUGAAUAUCAUACUUAUCACAACUUACCACAAAUCAACCACCAACAAUCCAAACAAAAAAAAGUAUAAAAUAGUGUUUGUGAAAUAACUAUAGAUACUUAGGUACCAACACAACACACAACGUUAUUUACUCGUUUAUGUACUGUAUAAAAGUGUAAAUAUUAGUAGAUAUGAUAGAUAUAAUAGUGAUAUGGAAAUAUGUAAUGUAAUUAACAGCGUAGUGGAUGUUAUGUUAUAUAUAAGUUAUGAAAUGUUGUUCUUCUCACACCUUGUACAUAUUAGUAAUGCGGGACGAAUUCAAUGUGACUAUGUGACAUAUUUAGAUUGUAAGUAGGACGUUUUUCGAUGAUUAUGUGUUAUUCGGUAGACAGUGGCACGAAGGCAAUUUUAGACUAAAUGUAAAGGAAAAGUCAUGAAAAUACAAUAAAAAACGUUUAAACAUA